AUGCCCGGCGCAGCCAGUCUUGUUGCUUCUGCUUCUCGGUCAGCCCGACUGACAUGGCUCUUUCGCAUUGCUCAUGCUUAUGCAGCCUGCCUCCUCCCUCCGUCCAUCUUCGCCGCUGUUUCUGCUGAUUCGGUCCCACCGUUUCAAUGGCUGAAUAUCACCAGUCUGUUGCAAGGACCCAACCAACCUCCAGGCCUGAUGGAUGCGGCCAUGGCCUAUGAUGAGACGAGUCGAACGCUCAUAAUCUUUGGCGGAUUAGCGUCUUCUGGGGUUCCACAAGCCGAGACUUACUUAUUGAAUUUGGACUCCCUUACGUGGUCGGUACCUUCGCCGCCAACGACGCUCACACGGACACCGCCCGCCAGAAGCGCAGCCGUGGCGGGUCACGACAGUGCCGCUAGCAACCGCGAUGGAUUUGUCGUCAUCGGCGGGAUGGCUUCCGAUGGAUCAGCUUUGUCCGAUGUUUGGGAGUACGAUUUCAAUAACCAGUUCUGGUCUCCCGUGAAUAUUUCCCCUGGAGGUCCUUCAUCUCGCUUCGGAGCCAGUGGAGGGAUUGACACCCGCCUUCAACCCAUAUCCGAUCCCGUUCUGCCCGGGCCUAACAACACGUUUUGGCUAUAUGGCGGCUCCGACGGAUCGACGACUUACAAUGAUGUUUGGCGGCUGAACAUCUCCGGAACCCUAUCUUCGAAUCUCCCUGAUUCUGCUGUUGGUACCUGGGAACAGAUCAACAUCGCUACUGCGCCUGGACGGAUCAGACAGGGAGGCGGCGUACUGGGCAAUGACAUCGUAGUCUCUGGCGGCUGCAAUGGAACGCGUGUCUCUGGCCAGUCCUGUGCUGUCCAAGGAUCGUAUGUGAUUGACGGUGCGACCGGGAACCCGGCCACGCCCCCAUCGGAGAAGGCUGCACUCAAUUGCCCCGCCCCACGGCUAUCUCCCACCGUGAUCCCGAACGGCAAUAGCAACUCUACCGGCUUCCACGCGCAGAUGCUUGUCCUUCUUGGUGUGUACAACACGAGUGUGUGGAACGAUGGAAACGGAUUGGAACACGGGGAGAUUGCUGUUCUGGAUAUCAAUACCCAAUCAUGGACCCGUGUUGUGCCUGCUGGUGAUCCCGGAAGUUCGGGACAACCUUCUUUCCCCGGGCCUCGCGAAGGAGCUUCGGCGGUGAUGUACCCACAAGCGCUGGUCGGUGAUGCUGACAAUCGGAAAUCUGCGUCUGACAUAAUAAUCUUCGGCGGACGUGAUUCGUCCGGAAACUAUCUGUCGGAACUGUGGAUUCUUCGUGCGUACAACGGGGUUUCGUCGGUAUCGGCCCCGGGGUGGGCUGGCUCUGGGAAUGGGCCGUUGGAGACCGGGGUCAAUGCCAAUGGUGCCGGAGUUCAGAAUACAUUUAUCACGAGCUGCGCGUCCUUGAUUCCCCCGAACAUCACCACAGUCACAUCGUCUUCGUCUUCAUCUUCGUCUUCCGUUUCAUCUCACUCAUCGUCUUCAUCUUCCUCCUUGUCUCACAGUACUUCAUCUGCGACACCGACAUCCACUGGAAAAGCCAAAGUUGCUCCUCAUGUGACAUUGGACGCCGGAGUCCUGCACAAAACGCUUAGCUCAGUGUCUGUCGCAUUGCUGCUUCCCUGGGUUCUUCUCUUCCGUCAUGCGUCUCCAUUCUACAACACAAAGAACGCAGCGAAGCCUAUCUGGCGAUAUCUCGCUUAUGCACUCAGUGGAGGCGUGUACGGUCUCGGCCUUGGCGGGCUGAUUUUAUCCUUUACGACUAGCUCGUCCUCCCACGGCCUGAAGCCAUCAACGCUGGGGACCACGCAUGGGCGGGCAGGGAUCAUCCUAUUCAUUUUCACGUACACUGCAUUUCUGAUUCUGCACAUGUGCCAUGGCCCGGCCGCUCCUGCAAUCUUGGAAGACGAGAAGAAGCCGUCGACGCCUCCUCCCCUGUCUCGUUCCGUUGGCCCUUCCAGCUGGAGAAAGCGCAUAGACUCGCUUGACAGUGGUUCUGCGGAGUCGACACUGCAUCGCGGGUUUGAAGUUACCAAUCGGCCGCGAAGGACGAGGCCGAGUCUCGAUGCUCUGGCUGAGCAUCCAGGACCUACACCCGAGCCACUGCCUGCACCUGGAUUGCCCAAUUCUUCCUCGCUGGCCUUACGGAUGUUCUGCCAAGCAUCUUUGUUAGCCAUUUCGAUCUUCUUGUUGGUCAGUCUGUGGACCAUGGCACCAAGAGCUGCAUUCGGUGGCUUCUUGGCCUGGACUGUGCUCUUCUACGCCAUUCUCGUCACAUGCAGCUGGCGCGGCGUCCCGGAUGGCUCGACGCUCACUCUUCUAUUCCGGCGGAUCCGAACCGAGCCCCUGCCGUCAGCAGAGGCGCCGCGGCCGUCCGUGUCUGAUGAGGGCGGGAGCCUUCCAUAUCUGCAUCAGCCAGCCUACAGGCGAGCCUUUCCCUCGGCAACUGCCGGCCCGACCAGCUCGGAGAGCGACGACGACGAGGACGACGACCGGGCUGAGAAUGAGAUGCGCCGGCGGGAUAUCUCAAUCACGUCUUAUCCCAAACGCGCGCUGCGCAUCACGAACCCUUCAUAA